AUGCCGGCCCCGACGACCCUGUUUCACGCCUUUCUCCGACCGUCCGUCCUGCAGAUUCUGCGAGCCACGGGCUACCAUGCGUGCAGUCCUGCGGUCCUGGACUGCGUGACGGACCUCGCCGCGCGCUACCUCUCCACGCUUUGCGAGAAGACGGCAGAUCAUGCGGUGCACAACCACGGCGACGCGGGCGACUUCUCCACGGUGGACAUCAGGAUGGCCCUGCAGGAUCUGGGCGCUCUCCUGCCGGAAGCGCUACCCGUUCAGCAGGAGUGGCUAGGCGAGGAGGACCUACGAGGCGUCGAGGAGUUCGUCAAGUGGUUUUCUGGCCAGCGGAUGAAGGAGAUUAUGGAUUUUGCCAAGGGGGACGGCGAGAACGACGAGAUUGACUAUCUACACGCACUGAAAAAGAGACAUAACAAGACAUCGGAUGAUGCCAAGUUCCAGGGCACGAUAUUGGGGAAGCCGGCGGAUACAGGCGAGAUUGAGGUCGAGGGUGGAGGCGACAUUAAAAGUAUUGACGAUUGGAUAACCCAACGGACCGGGAAUCUAGAACCGUCCCCUUCGCCCAAGAUAAACGGAAACGGCGUGGACCACCGAGAUGCGCGGUCACCUAGUUCGGGCCUGAGUUCUGUGGGAGACCGUUUGGGAAACGAAGACGUUGAAAUGACAACGGGUUAG